GGACGACGAGGAGAAAGAGAGCGAGUGUGUGUGUGGAGAGAGAGAGAGAGAGGGAGAGAGAGAGGAAAACUGGAGCAAAGCCUCCGACAUAACAUAAGGACGAGUAGGGAGGGAGUGAGAGAGACGGCGAAUAGCAGCACAUUACGGGAGUCACAUUAAUCGACACAAAGCCGGGUGACUGGAUCACGACCCACGCGGGACAUUUUCAUGCCGAUGUGAAGUUGUAAAGAGAGGAAAACCAGCGAAACGACACAAUCGGGACACGAAACAGCACAGAGAUUCGCGGAGGACACAUCGACUCGUGACUAAAAGCGGAUUCCUCCGUUUAACAAAAGGAAUGUGAGAUUUCACAUCGAUCUACUCAACACAGACUGGGACAAAACAGUGAGCCGAGACAGAUCUCAUCAAUUAUAAAAAACUUUAUGAGGGUUCCUGAAAAGAACAAGAUCAUUCUAAAUCAUCGAUAACACAAAACAACUGGGCUUCAACAGAUUCUGGAGGACCGUUUCCAAUCCAACAUACUUAUACUGUCUUUAAUCAGAAUUGAAAACAAGCUAAACACAAAAAGCACUUUCCUCUUUUUUGAGGACAAAAAAACACAAAACACCAAACCAAUGACGGUUGUUUUUGUUGCGUUCCAUCUUCUUCUUAUCUUUUUGACCAGUCUGGAGACUUGAAAGUUUUAGGGGUUAGUUAAAACAAAAGUAAAUUUGGUGCAGUUCACCCUUUAAUACUACUACUCAAAUUUUCAAUGUCCACUAAAUGUCAGUUAUACAGACUGGCCUCGAUAGGACCACAAUGGAAAGCCUAAAUCUUCCUACGCAAAACAACAGUGCCAACUUGGACACUUUAGAAACAUUUUCAAACUACAGCGAAAGUUUACCAUCUCCUCAAAUCUCUAACUCAACUCGUCAAGGCAGACUAAUAAAACCAAAACCCAACACAAGCUGUCGGCGGAAGCGUGAAUUCAUCUCGGAUGAGAAAAAGGAUGCAUGCUACUGGGAAAAGCGACGCAAGAAUAACGAGGCUGCUAAAAGGUCAAGAGAGAAGCGGCGGCUCAAUGAUAUGGUAUUGGAGAACAGAGUUAUGGCACUGAACGAGGAGAAUGUGCGACUGAAGACAGAACUCCUGCAAUUGAAAUUGAGAUUCGGACUCAUAAGUUCAGCCUCCUACAUGGAGAAGACCCAGCAGAUCAGCAGUGGCACUGAGGCAAUGACUAAUGGUGCUAAUGGUACCGGAGCAACGUCUGGAAAUCCAUAUUACUCAAGCAGUGGAUACUCAAGUGCUUCUCAGGUCAUGAUGAACUCUGAUUCUUCAGAGGCUGAGCAGACAACCAGAGGUGAACGCCACUCACUCAAGUACUCUCCCCGUGGAUCGCUAUCGGACAUGUCCGAUGGAUCUUCACGGGACAGCCCUGAACCCAUAAACUAUGACAUUAAGCAUGAGAGCUCUGGAAUGGACAUCAACAGGCUUGAGGCAAGUGUUCUUAAUGGCAUGUUCAAUGGCCAUCAUGUACGACUAGAGGCUCACCAGCCACAAGAAAGGGAGCAGCGAGAGGGUGUCAACACCCCAGUUCCUCCAUCUGCCACACCCCAAAGAAGUGUCAUCCUUUUCCGCUCUGGAAGCAGCUCCUACCCAGUUGAGAGCCAAAGGAUUGAGGACAUGGAGCAGCAGGUGGUAUCUCAGCCACAGCAAAAUGGACAAAUCACUCAUUUAACUCAAACAGGGUGCAAUCUGCCUUUAAGACCUGAUGGUUUAGAGACUCUGUCAGAGGUGGCACAGCAGUUGGCCAGGAGAUCUUUGGAUUCACCAAAUUACGAGUUCACCAAUGGCAAAGCAGAUGCUGGGGAAAACAGACGGUUUGUCAUACAGCAGAAAGACCAGAGUGUUCAAGGACAAUGCAGAAGCCAGAUGCAAGAUCCGGAUUCGUUUGCCCCAGAUCUGCUCAGCGAAGUUGGAAAAUCCCAUGUAUACCAGCGGUCAAAUCCCUACCUCGGCACUCUGAAUGAGGAGCCCCCUAUUCUAACGUAUGAGGGUUGUCCAAGAACAGAUGGCUUCUAUCAAGAGCACUCCUCAGGCAAGGACACCUCUUCAAGUGACGGUGACCCUCGCAGCUCAGACAAGGAAGCCUCUACUGACGAUGAAUCUCCCUCAUCCUCUUGCUCUGAUACUGGUGGCUAUCACGUCAUCCACCAAUCAGCGUCAUCGCCCACCAUGGCCACCGGUGACACAUGCCAGUAUGGGGACAAUCAAGGUGAAAUGAAAGCCACCGCUCUGCCACACAAGUUAAGGCUCAAAUAUAGAGCACUAUCCAAUGGUGGUUGCCAAGAUGUCUGCAGUUCAGUUACGACAGCUGCUACGUCACCUGAUUCCGCUCUGCCUCAGCAUCCGUACCUGGCGUUAGCGCAGGUUAACCAGCAGCAAGGCAGCAGUUCUGGAAGCAAGGACGUGGAGAGUGAGAUGUCAGAUGAACUUUGCACACAACAGUCUCCCUCCAGAGAGAACGAAGAGGGAAGGAAGGACAGUGGGAAGAGGGUAUCAGGAGGACGAGGUAGCAGAAAUAAGAAACGUGACUGAAGCAGGAUGUGAGAUACAUUAAUACAGUUAAGAUGGAUCAAUGUUAUCUUUAUCAUCCUACAGAAAGUUAAGGGUACCAGUUAAUUGCAUGAAAGUCAAAUGAGUAUACCCAACAACAAAGACAAAGUGUAACUUGUGUUUCUGGUCUGUUCUCUUGUCAAAAUCGAAGUUUUGACCUUUAAUGCAGCUCUGUUCCUACACUGUCUUUCAUAAGCACUUAUAUUAGUAACUCAAAGGGGUUCCUACACUCUUAAAAAUAAAGGUGCUGCAACACUAUGCCAUAGAACAGGGGUAGGCAACGUCAGUCCUGGAGUGCCGAUGUCCUGCGGAUUUUAGCUCCAACCCUGAUAAAAACGUACCUACCUGUAGUUUUCAGGUGACUCUUUAGAUCGUGAUUAACUUGUUAAGGUGUGCUUGAUUAGAGCUGGAGCUAAACUCUGCAGGACAUCGGCACUCCAGGACCGACGUUGCCAUAGAAGAACCUGCAAGUUUCCAUAAAGAACCUUUAACAUCCAGAGACCCUUACGGUUUCACAAAAAGUGGAAAACAUUACUUAUACUUCAGAGGUAAGAAAUAAAUGGUCUACCUUUUGUAGCACCUUUAUUUUUUAGAGUGGAAGACAGUAAAGGGGCUAUUUCUCAAAAACCUACAAAAUGACUUUGUAUAGCAACUUUUGACUACUUUUCCCCUUUAUAUAUUUACAUAACUCUGCCAUGUUUGUAGCUUAGCCUAGUUAAUGGGUAGUUUCUGAACCCAAUACGUAGUUGUCCCUACAAGUUCAAUGGAGUGAAAGACGAGUCCUUUUCUCCUUACUGAUUUCACAAGAAAAACCUCAAAAGAUUUAUGCCUGUCUCACUCUCCAAUUAUGCCUUUUGACCUGAGCAUUAUUCAAGCACUUGGAUUAUAUAAUACUGUGACAUGACUAAACAUAUCAUAUUUCGAAAUAUUUUGCGAGGAUAAAACAUGUCAGUCUUUAAUUGUAGAAACUUAAGUGGGAGAACACUGUCUACUUUUUAGUAUUUGGAUUCUUGUACAGUUCUUUCUGAUUGUUCACGUUUGAUGCUUCCAGUAUAUUUUUUAUUUCAUUGAAUUCACCUUUAUGCAUCAUAUUGAUUGACUGAUACCUGAAUGUUUUGUUCAUAGUGUUUCAGUCAGUCGUAGGUCAACGCUUACCAGUAAAAAUGACCUUUCACAUCUUGUCCAUAACCUUACUAUAUUGCAGUGGUUCUCAAACUUUUCUGUGCAAAAUUCAUGAAUUUUAAUUAAACAAAACAAUUUAUACAAUGCUGUUGGUUAGUUGCCUUAUUUUUUUCUAAUGUUUAAUUACACAGAAUUUAACAAAAACGAUUUCAUAAAAAACUGGGCACCAUCCUAGUUUGAGAACCACUGCUAUAUCACUGUAAAGAAACCUUCGCUGUGACCAAUGCUUACAUGACAUUACGAUUUACCUGACAUUUAGCCAAAUUAGAGUCGAAGUCCUUUCAGAAAUGUCAGUCUGAGCUAGCAGACAGACUGUACAAAGUGUAUGAUAUAUAAUUGCCGUCUAAAGAUGGUCUUGUCCGUUGUGGUCAGGUUUCAGAGAUGUCUCACAUGCUACCUCAUGAGAAUAAAUGGUUGAGGUUACGCAGAACUGAGUUUAUCCUUCCUCUUAAAAGGGGAAUGAGACUUUGGUGUGUGUACCCCAUUGCAUCAUCGUACCCAUCUACUGUUGCGUAUAAAAGUGACCACACAGUAAAAUGCUGCAGCACGCAAGUGUUACAAGUAGACACAACAAUUGUACAGUCCCACUAGUUGUCUUUGUAGAAUUUUACCACAGCUGUAAGCUGCUUCUGCACUGAAUUUUUUUUCCUCAGAUUUUAUACAAUCUGCGUUUAUCUUUCCCAAACAGGUGCCUGGCACUGGCCAUUAUGUAAAAAGUGUACAGACAAAUUCUCUUUUGAGUAUUUUAUGCUUGUAUCAAGUUUAUUUUGGCAUUCUAUAAUAAUAAUAAUUAUUAAUAAUAUGGUAUUUUAUUUUAUAUUCCAAUGCUAUUAUUCUUUUUUGGGUUUAAUAUUUUUCGUGUCUGUUGUCUGUUCACCUCAAUGUGAUACAGUAUGUAUUUGAUGUCCUGUUCAUCUGUUUCACCUCUGUACCUUGGUGUAUUGUGUGAUAUUUACUGAAGUUUUAAAGAGAAAUGUUUGUAAAAAAAAAGAAGAGCUUACCGGUCAAGGUGCUCAGAAUGACACUAAAGUGGCAAGAAAAAUAAAACAUUGUAUGUCAAAUUUA